AUGAAAAAAGUUGUUUUUGAGAAGACAAAGAAAACAGGGAGAAACGACAGGUUUUUGGUUACUAUAAACAUCAUGGGAAGUUCGGGUCCUAUAAGGUUUGUGGUCAAUGAGAAAGAGCUUGUUUCUGGAGUCAUUGAUACUGCUCUUAAAUCCUAUGCAAGAGAAGGAAGGAUUCCUGUUCUUGGUUUCAAUGCUGCCAAUUUUCUUCUUUACCAUCCAAACGCAGGAUUUGAUGCUUUGAAUCCAAUGGAACCCAUAGGAUCUUAUGAGGGGAGGAACUUUGUGAUGUGCAAAAAGCAGGAGUACGCAUCAAAGAAAGAACCGCAAUCAGAAUUGAUAUCUCCAAAGAGCAAUGGUGGCUGGAAAGCAUGGUUAAACAAAUCUUUUCGGUUGAAAAUCUUGUCACAUUGA